AUGUCUUUACAACGAACACCGCCUAAAAACAUCCCGUCUGAUUCGACUAGUAAUCGCCAAACUCUGGAAGGUGAUGAAAUGGAUCUCCAGCACUUGCCAGGAGUAAGUGGUCAACGUGACGACCAACUCACGCCGCCGAAUUAUGUUUCACUACGCAACAAAAGGCCCAGAGAGACGGAAACAUCGCCAUCGGAGUUCUCCCGUUUUAAAGAAGAAAUGAGGGAGUUAAUUACCACACUCAUAGGAGCACAAAACAAGGAUAUUUCGAAAAUAACGGAUAGCUUAAAAGAUAUUAAGCAGACCAACUCUAACAUCGAAACCUCUAUGUCCUUACUGGCCUCUCAGAAUGAAGAAUUCCGCAAGAAAAUCGAGACUUUGGAGCAGCAGACUAAAAAGGAUAAGGAAUAUAUUUGCUUAUUAGAAAACAAAAUAGAAGACCUCCAGAGAUACACCCAUAUAGCUGUAUCACCUCAAGUUUCUAUUGAUAGUGUUAACUUUUUCUUUACCAACAUUGGCCAAGAACUAGCGGAAACGAUCCUUAAGCGCACUAAUCUUAUACAUAAUAAUAGCUUCCCUAACUCACAAUCCACAAUUUCUCACUCCUUUGUACUGUUGGAUACUGAUAUGCAUGAAGUCGACCGUAUCCUCAUGAGCUUGGAUCCGAAUUCUGCACCUGGUUGGGACGGUAUUUCUACGAAGUUCAUGAAGCUCUCCAGAGGCUUCCUAGUCCCUCACAUCACUACGUUGGCAAACCUUUGCUUCCAUACAGGAAUAUUUCCUGUGGCACUAAAGAGAUCUAUUGUUACUCCUGUACACAAGGGUGGGGACAGGGCUGAAGUGAACAACUACAGGCCUAUAUCUGUUCUGACUGCUAUGUCCAAAAUCAUAGAAAAAUUGAUGAACAACAGAUUGGUAUGCUAUUUAAAUAAAUUCAAAAUUUUAUCUGAUGCCCAAUAUGGCUUUAGAGGGGGUAUGUCAACUCAAGACGCUGUACUGGACUUAACGUCUGUUAUUACUAAGCAAGUAGACAGAGGAUUCAAAUGCCUAGCAGUGUUCUUGGACCUGAAGAAGGCCUUCGACACAGUGGCUGUGCCCACCCUUGUGAACAGAUUAGAAAACAUCGGCAUUCGAAGUACAGCUCUAUCCCUCUUUAGNGAUAUUGCGAGUAGUUGGAUCUUUUGGAAAUCUGUAAAAUAG